UCGCUCCGCCCCCGACGCAAACUCGCUCUUUGCGUUCAUUUCAUUCCUCUUCUCAUUCCGAGCAUUCUUCGCAUCUCUGUCAGUGAGCGAAGCGAUUCACCUUCCUUGCCGACCCAGAAACACCAUAAUAACUUGACAUUAAUAUUGUAAAUACCCAGUAACACCACAUGAUCUCAAAAUGGACAUUUUUUUAAAUAUGAGAUAUCAAUAACGAGUUGAUUUGGUCUACACUUGGGAAAUUUCACCAGAGGCUUUUCGGACCACCUCGACGAAAACCGCCGGGGAGACUUGUUGCUUCGCCACCUUGGACGUUGUUUGUUCAAAUCGCCGUCGAAGUUCUGUGUCUCACCAUAGUUUGGUCCAGGCUUUAGCUUGGAGAGCCCAACCGCCAACAUUGAUCCCAGCAGCUGGAGCGGCAGUGAUAGCCCUGCCGAAGACAUGGAGAGAAUGAGUGAUUUGGCAGACAAGCCCGUGGACAACGACGCAGAAGGGGUGUGGAGUCCUGACAUCGAACAGAGCUUCCAAGAGGCCUUGGCUAUUUACCCUCCUUGUGGACGUCGAAAGAUCAUCCUGUCAGAUGAGGGGAAGAUGUAUGGUCGGAAUGAGCUGAUCGCCAGAUAUAUCAAGCUUCGGACUGGAAAGACGAGAACUCGAAAGCAGGUGUCUAGUCACAUACAGGUCUUAGCAAGAAAGAAAGUUCGAGAAAUCCAAGCUGCCAUUAAGGUACGUCUGGCUUUGCCCAGUUACAGGGGGCUUUUCAUUGCUAUGGUUACAGGCUCUUCCUUUGUUUUCCUCCCCUCCCCUUCCCCGCAGGUGUCUAGUCACAUUCAGGUUCUAGCCAGAAGGAAAUCUCGUGAGUUUCAUUCCAAGCUAAAGGUCACGAGUAUGGACCAGUCGGUAAAGGACAAAGCCCUCCAGAGCAUGGCCUCCAUGUCGUCAGCUCAGAUCGUCUCUGCCACGGCUAUUCACAACAAGCUGGGACUGCCCGGCAUCCCGCAUCCAGCAUUCCCCGGAGCAGGGAUAUGGCAAGGGAUGAUAUCGAGUCAGCCAGGAUCCUCGCAAGACAUCAAACCCUUCACCCAGCAAGCUUACCCCAUCCAGCCUGCAGUCACAACAGCAAUUUCAAGCUACGAGCCCACAACCGCUUCGGCUCCGACGGCCCCAGCAUGGCAGGGCCGCUCUAUCGGAACAACCAAAUUGCGACUGGUGGAGUUUUCCGCCUUCCUGGAGCAACAGAGAGACCCAGACUCGUACAACAAGCACCUCUUUGUGCAUAUCGGACAGACAAAUCAUUCCUACAGCGACGCCCUGCUGGAGUCUGUGGACAUUCGUCAGAUUUAUGACAAAUUUCCUGAAAAGAAGGGAGGACUGAAGGAGCUGUAUGGAAAGGGCCCCCAAAAUUCCUUCUUCCUUAUCAAGUUUUGGGCCGACCUAAAUUGCAACAUCCAGGACGAGAACGGCUCUUUCUACGGCGUCACCAGCCAGUACGAAAGCUCAGAGAACAUGACCAUCACAUGCUCCACGAAAGUCUGCUCCUUUGGCAAGCAGGUGGUCGAGAAAGUGGAGACCGAAUAUGCGCGCUUUGAGAACGGACGCUUCGUCUACAGGAUAAGCCGAUCUCCCAUGUGUGAAUACAUGAUCAACUUCAUCCAUAAGCUAAAGCACCUGCCUGAGAAGUACAUGAUGAACAGUGUGCUGGAGAAUUUUACGAUCUUAUUGGUGGUGACCAACCGCGAUACGCAGGAGACGCUGCUUUGUAUGGCGUGUGUGUUUGAGGUGUCCAACAGCGAGCACGGCGCCCAGCAUCAUAUCUACAGACUGGUAAAAGAAUGAAUCAGCCCAUGGCCUUUUCUGACGCGCGCACACACACACACACACACACACACACACACGCACUCUGACCUCCAGACAAGCGGCAGUGUCUCUCGCUGAAAGACCCACCGACAAGACUUUGCGCUCAUUACCUGAAGCCUCUUCUCACAGUCGUGAGUUGCGGUACAGGGUUUGGUCUUUUCCUUUGAAAAAAGCUCAACCGUGUCGUCGACGUCUGCAGUUUACUACUCGGUUUUGGUCAGUGGCAUUGUGUGGGGUUUGUUUCGUGUGUAUAAUAUGCUUGGCCUUUUUGUACCGGUGGCCAGAUGAGGUCUGCGUCAUGUUUGAGUGUGUUGAGCAUACUUGUUUGAUGUACAAGACCUGCAGCCUGAUCGAGCGCCAAAGAAACCAACUUGACACUAAAUAUGCUACUAAGUGAGCGCUUUCUCUUUUCACCAACCAGCAGUGAAGAAUUGUCCCCCGUUGAAGCACAACAAAUGAGACACUACACUCACUCAGCUGCCUUUUCUCGUGGCUUUAGGAAAGCAUUCCAAGCUCCUCAGCGUUUGCCAUUCCUGUCAGGUUGAAGCACUACAUGACUUAAGCUGACUCAUCCAAAAGCACUUUGUUUCCUCUGUUCUUGAGUCAUCACAACACUAUCAAAUCGUCACGUAUCAUGAUGACAGCAAGCCGCGUUUACCUUGUGGCAUCCCCCGAGAUGAGGAGCAUUCCCGGCAUGAUCUGAGUCAGAGCCCGUUAUCGUGGCUAAUGCCAUCAACCAAGCCUUAAACACUCGACGAAAACUGUGAUCCUCGUAAAGAGCCCGGCAUGUCGGAGUCACGGUGCGAGAGUCCCGAUACGGUCUGCCAAAGUGUGAAGAGUACAGUGCCUUAGCGUAUUUAGUCCAAUUUUAUCCCGCAUUCUGAUUUGACGUCAGGCUGAUCCGGGGCAAAAUCAUCAAGCAGUACACUCUGCUAUUUUGAGAUUCACCACAAAAAAAGUUGUAUUUUCCUCUGUAAAAGUCCUACUCUCUAAAUGUCAACUUUUCUUCUGAGAAGUCUUAUUGACUUGCCGUAUGGUAAAGGCAUAAGACACCCCCACCCCCAAAAAAAUUAACAAACAACAACAAAACACAUACACACACAUUCUCUUGCUCUCUUAUUGUGUUGUACUUAGUUGCAAAAAGUGCCUUUGCUUUACAAUUUCCAAUUUUAACUGACAUAAAAAGAAACUGUGGCUUGACCAAAAAUGAGAUCGACCCGACUACCGAAUUGCCUUUUUCUUAAAGCAGGGAUGGGGAACACAGCGCUUCAUCUGACCCGCAUCUCAUUCUUAAAAACAAAUACAACAACAAAAAACAUUUCCACAUAAUGCUCAAAAUUGAUUGCAAACAAAACCGCAAAUGUGACAGCUGCUUUGCUCCCGUGUUUCAUGAGCUGAACUCAAAAGAGUUUUUGUGAACACCAAAUGCCAUUUCUCUCAAAUGUUCAAAAAAAAUCUGCCGCUAAUCUCUAAUCAGUGCCUUGACAUGCCACAUCCGUGAGAUGGAUGAAUUGAUCCGGCAAAGGAAAGAUGCUCACAAAAAUAGAUUGAGUCACGUUUCUGGGCAAUAUUCGAAAGUUCGAAAAGCUCCUGAAAAAAAAUGGGUGCAAUAACAAAAGUGUUGCAUUUGUGCACAGAAAUUAGAAUAAAUUACCUAAUAUUUUUUCAUUAAAAAAAGACUCUGUCCCUCAGAGGACUUGAAUUGGAAAAAGGUUCCCUAUCCAAGAACCUUAUUCUGCAUUAAAAAGAAUUUAAAACUUCAUAUCGGUUGGGCCGUGCGCUGCAGUACACUUGCGGGUUCAAGUGUUUUGCCCUAUAAACAAGUUUCUGAAACUUGUUUCCCUGCAAAAACCAGGCUGUUCUUUUUUUUUCUUUUCAACAAAACAAUAAAAAAAUGUUUAAAGAGUGGACAAGAGCCACGUGUCUACACUGUUACUUAAUGAGAAAAUAGUCUGUGGUGGAUGCACCAAAAAAAAAAGUGUACAAUCAGUGUUUUGCCGCCACAGUCUUAAGAACACUGUGCUCUUCUAUGAGACGUAUCUGUUCAUGUAUUGAUCUGUACCCGUUUUCUUCUCGUACUUGUAUGCAGUCGUACGGUUGCGUGUUGACAUGGUCUGUGUAUUGAGAUGCUCAUUGUUUUGCUGCUGGUACAAUACAUGUUGACGUGUGGAUUCAGCGCUGCAGCGACAGGAUCGAUGCCUUGCGAGGCAUCAAUGUUUGCACCCCCUUUUGUCAUAGAAAACUGACGUUUUAAAAACACGGAAAAAUAAAUCGACAGCUAACACGUUUGACUCGGGCGGGGCUGCAAGAGCAUCGGCGGUAUUUUGUCAUUUGUAUUUUUGGGCAAAGGAAUAAGGUACUGGUACCAUUCUGUUUUUUCUGAUAAUUUUCAAGUUGUGGCUUUAACGUGAUUUGACUUCAUAUCGCUCACACACACUUUAUGUUUUGUGUGCACCCUUGUUCAUGUAAAAAGGUGCUUUGUACAAAAAAACUAAACAAUUAAAAUAUAUCCUAGCGUUUCUUGGUACAGAUGUGUCAUAACUUUUCAUAUCUAUGAGACUAUGACAGUAACGUGUUGGAGAAAGCAAGAGAAAAACAGGCUCUACUAUGUUUGUAUGUUUUGCAUAAUGAUGAUGAUGGUCUUGUCUUUGCUGUAACAUUAUGAUGCCUUCUUGAUAAUACUCAAUAUUUUGUAGCUUUCUAGAUCAUUUUUAUUGCAGCUAAAUAAAACAUCAAACUCGG